AUGAGCACAAGGAUCAUGUCCUCCAUAACACAGGGCACACGCGCCCUAUCCCAAUUCAACGCCUUGAACAUGCAACGGCAAUUGCACCCCCGUCUCCCCUCUACAAUUCCUCGUCUCUUCUCCACCUCCGCGGCCUCAUCUGCAAAGCAAGACGCAACCACCGUGACAACACCCCCAGUGACCCAAAUCAACGCACCACCUAGCACUUUGCCCGCUCCGCUCGAUCUACCGACCGUCCUCCCCGCCAACGCCCAAACAGCAGACAAACUCAAGCGCCUCGUGACCAUUGGCCGCGCAUACCUCGCCUUCUACAAAACAGGCUUGAAGAACGUCUACCGCAAUUACCGCGCUUCUUUACCUCUACGCGCUUCGCUGGGAUUACCGGCGUAUAUUCCAAUCUCGCCACCCCGCAGAACCUCCAAGGACAGUACGCAUAAGGGAAUCGACAUGGGAAGAGGUCAAUAUCAACUCGUCGUCCGCUCGGCUCGCGACGUGCGAAAGAUGAUUCCUUUUACUUUGGUUCUGAUUAUCUGUGGGGAAUUCACUCCUUUGAUUAUUCCGCUCUUUGGUUCAGCUAUCACGCCGGCGACUUGUCGUGUGCCAGGGCAGGUUGCCAAGGAGCGGGAUGGAGCGUCGAAGAGGAAGACCGCGGCGAUGAGGGCCCAUGCGCGUGCAAUUGAGGCGGAGGUGGUGAAUUCCAUUUCUGUGGGCAGUGGGGAGGAGAUGAGGGUUCUUGCCGAGUUUGCGAGCCCGCGUUGGGUGAAGGAAGCGGACCAAGAUGCGGUUUUGAGGGCUUGUGCUGUCUUUGGACUGGUCAAGAGUCAUGAGAGGCUUGGGGGGGAGGGCGCUGGUGGGACUUCUUUAUCGGACCAGGUUGGAGAGGCAUGUGGAGUAUUUGGGGAUUGA